AUGGCUCCAAUAGUUCCAGCCGCGGCCGCCACAGCCAGAUUUUCAGCCUCUGGACGCGAACGCAACUUCAAAGACAAGGACAAGCCAGAAAGUGUCCGCAACAGGUAUUUAGAACGCUCGAAAGCGGGAACUAGUAGUUUGUUUCCAGCAAUAUCGUUGCUGCGAAGGCUGUCGCUGAUGCUGUUCGUACCUCCUUGGGUCCGCGUGGAAUGGACAAAAUGAUCCAGUCUGGAAAUGGAGACGUGACUAUUACCAAUGACGGCGCCACAAUUUUGAACCAAAUGAGCGUUAUUCACCCGACUGCCAAGAUGCUUGUCGAACUCUCUAAGGCUCAGGACAUUGAAGCUGGAGAUGGAACAACCACAGUCGUUGUUAUGGCUGGGGCUUUUCUUGACGCUGCUCAGCAACUUCUGUCGAAAGGAAUUCAUCCAACAAUCAUCUCGGAGGCAUUUCAGAGCGCUGCUUCCGAAGCCGAGAAGAUUCUCGAAGGAAUGAGCUCACCAGUCGAUCUUUCUAACACAGCUCUUCUUGAAAAGAUGGCUACCACAUCUCUCAACUCGAAGGUCGUUUCUCAACAUUCAUGGCUUCUUGCUCCAAUGGCUGUCAAUGCCGUCAAGAAGAUCAUCAAUUCCGACAAUGAUUCCAAUGUUAACUUGAAAAUGAUCAAGAUUAUCAAGAAGAUGGGAGACACUGUUGAGGAAUCUGAGAUGAUCGAGGGUGCUCUGAUCGACCAGAAGACGAUGGGACGUGGUGCUCCGACCAGAAUUGAGAAGGCCAAGAUCGGACUCAUCCAGUUCCAGAUCAGCCCACCGAAAACUGAUGUAAGUGGUUCCCUGAUUCAUUUUUGUUUUCAUAAACAAAGUUGCAGAUGGAAAAUCAAGUUAUCAUCACCGACUACGCUCAAAUGGACCGCGCCCUGAAGGAGGAGCGUCAGUACCUUCUCGAUAUUUGCAAGCAGAUCAAGGCUGCCGGUUGCAACGUUCUGCUCAUCCAGAAGAGCAUUCUCAGAGAUGCUGUCAACGAGCUUGCCCUCCACUUCCUCGCAAAGAUGAAAAUUAUGUGUAUCAAAGACAUUGAACGUGAGGAUAUCGAAUUCUACUCAAAGAUUCUUGGUUGUCGCCCGGUUGCUUCUGUCGAUCACUUCAAUGCCGAGGCUCUCGGAUACGCUGAUCUUGUGGAAGAAGUUCCAACUGGAGGAGAUGGAAAAGUCAUCAAGGUUACUGGUGUGCAGAACCCCGGACAAGCUGUCUCGAUUCUUCUUCGCGGAUCUAACAAGCUGGUGCUCGAGGAGGCCGACCGAUCGCUUCAUGAUGCUCUCUGCGUCAUCAGAUGCCUUGUCAAGAAGAGGGCUUUGCUCCCAGGAGGAGGUGCUCCAGAAAUGGAGAUUGCGGUGAAGCUUCGCAACCUAGCUCAAACUCAGCACGGAGCCACCCAGUACUGCUGGAGAGCUUUUGCCGAUGCUCUUGAACUUGUUAGUGACAAAGGAGCAACGAAAUUUUAAUGUACUGUUUAUUUCAGGUUCCAUACACUCUCGCUGAAAACGCCGGACUUUCUCCGAUCCACACUGUCACUGAACUGAGAAACAACCACGCUAACGGAAACAGCUCCUACGGAGUCAACGUCAGAAAGGCAAGUUUUUGACCCUAAUCCCUCUCUCAUUUGCCCACCUGGUCAUUCGAAAUUGGCUUCGAAACAGCAAUUCUAGUUCAUCGGAUAUUAAAAAUUCAUGAGUUCGUGGUAUUUCUUUGCCAUUUCUUCAUCGCCAUUCAUUUUGUGUGGUUGAACUGAAGCGAGAAGGCAGAUUUGAGAGCUGGAGCGGAAUGUGAUGAGGUGCACGAUCACUGAUUGUUCGGUUUUCAGGGAUACGUGACCGACAUGGUUGAGGAAGACGUCGUCCAGCCGCUCCUUGUGACAUCUUCUGCUAUCAAACAAGCCUCCGAAUGUGUUCGAUCUAUUCUCAAGAUUGACGACAUCGUAAGUUGCAUUGAAGCGUUCAAUGAACGGAAGACGUCAUGAAUCUUUUAAAAUCUGAUUCGAUUUGAAUGUCAUCAGAAAUGCUUGCGGAAACGCGGGAAUUUCCGGAGCCAAAUUGGAACUAAUUCACGAACAUUACCGGAUAUAAACUAUUUUUUAGGUCAUGUCUGUGCGCUAA